UUGAGGUUUAUUUGUGUUUCGAUCGUUGUUCGUAUCGAACGGAAGCCGCCGCAGAUCGUUGCUCGCCGGUCGACGUUGAUCUUUGAAUUCCAUCUCCGUGCCAGUGCUGUGUUCUUAUAUCAUUAUCGAGUUCGAGUUGGAAAUACGCGCCCGAUAGUUGAGUCAGAUAAUUCCUGGAGAUGCUUCGAAAGUGAACGUCGCUCCCGUUAGCGAAUAAGUGAAAAAAUUGUUGACUUCUAAAUUGAUUAAUUGUCUGAACGUUGGACGUAUUAUCUGUUGACAACGAUUACAGAAGGUCACUGAAACCUGUUCUUGGGAAUUUAUCAUCGCUGUGUCGGAGAUGCGCUGUUGAAGUAGUGAUAUCAUUGUUAUGCUUGUUCAUCAUAUGCUUCGGAAAUAGCAAAUUUAAACCAGUGUUGAGUAUACAACAUGGCCAGCAGUAACGACAGUGAUAAAAAUGUUAAAAUAACCAUCGACGAGGACAAAAGCAAUGAGUCAGUGCCAGUUACGCCCGUCGUACCGGAUGUGGUCAGCCAAUCCAAGGAUGAAGGCCGACCACCGAAAUCCAACAGCAACAGCAGAGGUCGACAGUUAAAGCCAGAGACACCGGGCAGUCGCAGCAGAUCGAACAGUCGAUCGCCUAACCGGCGAGCAAGGCGCGAUAUAGCGACCGCCCACAACGAUGCCGCACCAUUACUUUCAACGGAUGAAGUAAAUCUACCAAGACAGAAACCGCCGAUGGCUGGUCCGGAAAUGGAUAAUGAUGAACCCGACGAGGAUCGCAAUUAUGGUUCCAACGAUAAUCGAGGCAUUGAUGACGGGUUUUUGUCCGGUGGACCGAACUCAACUGAAAUUGGCCGAAGAACACCAGAUCGCAGAAACAGUAAUCCACCGCCAUUUCCGUAUGAUCCUGAAUAUGGACCAAAUUUGCCACCAGGGGUAAUUACAACAACAAACGGGACACGAGUCAUUCCUGAUAUGAACGUUUAUCAGCAGAAAAAGAGUCUCGCUCAAGGAAUGAUGGAUUUGGCACUGCUCUCGGCCAACGCCAACCAGUUGCGAUAUGUCCUUGAAUCCAAUACGCGGCAUCCGUACUUCUACGUCAGUUUGGUAUUCAUAUCAACCAGUAUAAUUUGCCAGGUUGCAGUAGGAAUAGGGCUCAUAUGGAAGAGUCGAUACAAUAUUAAGAGACAGGAUGAUUUUUGCAAGGCCGAUCGAAUCAAUAAUAUGGUGACGAUUGGGAUCUUCAUUAUUACGCUUGUCAACGUGCUUAUUUCGGCGUUCGGAGUAGCAGAACCGGCUAGGGUCGGUUAACGAAGUAGAUCUGAAGUGGAAUCUCACUAGGUUUAGGAAUAGCGUUUAGCGUUAGAACUAACUUCUAAAGUUUGGAUUUUAUUUGACUAUUCGGAUUGCAUUUAGAACUGAUUUUUCGACUACUUGUAUUAUCUUAACGAAAAAAAAUUGUUUUGAACAGAAAAGGUGUAUUUAUUCGUUGAUUCCUUUCACUGUAUUUUGUUAUUUAUUUCGUGCAAAGAAACUUCAUGCGUCACAAUCAGAGUUAAAUUAUUGAGCAAGAAAAUCCAUUCACUCAAGAUACUUUGAAAAUCUAAACUCUCACUUGCUACUGAAAUUUAUUGAAUUACAAAAAAAUUAAUACUGAUAGCGACCGCUGCGACUUGAACCGAGUCAUUGGAUAACAUUGUACAUCUGUUAAUCGACUGAGCCACAGAAACACACAUCUGCUUGGCUAGUAAAAGGCGCAUUUAAAUGCAUGCAUCGCACCUACUAGAAGAAUGCAAGGUACAGUUGAAACCAGUAAAAUUCUUGCCAAUCUAACAUCAUUAAAAAUGAAAUUUUUCGUCAUUUUAGAAAUUAGGUCUUUAUGAAUUCCGUGAUAUGAGGGAUUAAGCCGCCAGUAAAAUUCAUUUUUUUUUGUGUGAAAUGAAUUAUUUUUUACGCUCGAAUAGGUUGGUCUCGGAAGAGGUAAAUUUACACGAUUAUUUCUAGGUGUGUUAUUCUGUCAACUUCUAUGAGCACUUGUGGUUGUAAUGGUUCAAAUUGUAGUCCAUAUUUCCAGACACCACCAGCGAUAACAUAAAGAAUCUGUGUAAAAUUUUGCAAAAAAAACUUGGAGUAGGUAAUGUCAGAGACAUAGCCGUGGGAUUGGCGUAAGACUGCAUUCAAGAUGUGUAUAGGUAUUAACUGAUUUGAUACCGUUUGAGAUUUUGUAGUAUUGAAAAAGACCAUUCGGUUUCGGAAGAUUGCAUUUGUAUUCUAGGAAUUAGAGCGGCAGUUCAAGGCAGUUUUCUAGAUAAGUUCUUCACGUUACUUUUGAGAACCUGAAAAAGAUAGCUCGUUUGGUGCGAUUUCGCACAGUGAAAAAUACACAAAGCUAAUCAAAUUAUUCUAGAUUUGCACUAAACACAUGAUUUUUACUUUCUAAUUGCAAAGAAGUAAUUAAUAGUUCUUUAGGUAACAUUUUGAGCCAUUAGAACAACUGCCACUAUCCUUAUCUCCAAUAGAAAUGUCCAGCAUCCAGCUGGAUGCCAAUGCCGAUUGAUUUAAUACUGAACCAAUUUUUGUUAAGAACUUUUUUUUUACGUUAUACACUUUGUAUUUUUUUCAAA